ACAAUUAUAAACGUAAUGAGUCUUCAAAAAAAUACCUCCCAGCUUCAAGGGGUAUUAGAUCUUUUGGAGAAAAAAAGAAACAAUCCAGGAGAUUCCGAUGUUGAAACGAAUUUCUUUAAUGAGGCUUUAGCAUAUCUUUUGACAACCAAUGUCAACCAUUGGUGGUGUACAGAAGCUACACUUCCAAUAGCAAGGGAAUCCCUUUGGCUGUUCUCACUGCCUGACCAUGAUCCGAUCGUCCAAUAUAAAAAAAAACUAAAUAGUCAAUUGCAGUCUUGUACAUAUUGUGUUCAAGCUUAUCAAACUUCAAAGCAUUAUGUUAGACAAAGAUACGACCUUUUAUUCCCAAAACAGACCGUUGAUGAGUUCUUUAGUCGCAUUGAUCGCUGCGACCUGACUAGAGUCAAAUCAACUUUUAGAUCGCAAGAAACCAAUUUCAGUAUGACGAACGAGAUCAUGUGUGCUUUGCUCGAAACCAUUUAUGCCCCUCAUUUAUUGAAUGAUUCAAAAUGCGACGAUUUGUUCUGCAAGAUAUUUGUUCUGAUUCAACAAACAGGCUCCUUUCCAACUUUUGGUGCCGAGACAGCCACCUACAUCUUUCGUAUAACACUACACCACCAACGUAUCGCCCGAUUCUGGUCAAGAAAAUUACUAGAAAAAUUCAUAACUGCGGAUGAAUACACUUUUUCGGAGCAAGAUUUUCUACAAACCAAAGAUUUGAUUUUAGGCAUACUGAAAACAUUCACAGAGGAUUCAGAGGAUGACAGUUUUACAAUCAAAAUCAAAAAUUGUCCUUUUGAUAUUACGCAAGAUGUUGGGGAAUUAUGGAAAACAUUCCGUUUGAUCACUGGUGCGGCUUCACCUCAAAUGCUGCUUUCAUGUUUAUCAGAAUCUAAUAUAUCUAUGCCGCAACUAAUCAACAUGCAGUUAUCAAGUUCUGCAGAAUGGUUAGGCGAAAUUUUAAAAACAAUGACAGCAAUGUUAUUAAAGAUGCAAUCAGGAUUUUGGGGUACAAUUUCAGCCAACAGCACCUCAUAUUAUGACAUCGUGAAACAAAUAUGCGAACAUACCGUAUUCCAGACCACCAUGAAAAUAGCGCGCGAGGGAAACACAGGCAAGAUUUUACAGCGGGAUGGUAGCCGUUAUCCAGACGACAAAUUGAUGGCAAAGAUCAAGAGUAUGCUGGAGUGGAUAUACCCUUAUUGGUCAUCCUUGCGAAAUUCACCAGUCGAAAAGGAUAUCACGCAAAAGAUUUUGGAUACAACAUUUGGUUACUUUCAGAUGGACACUUGGGGCGUUAUGAGUAGAGCUUAUUGUGCAGAAUUAGGCCUGCAGAUUAUUGACCAGUGUCUAGCCGACGAUUCUGUACCCGUAGAAAAUAUGGAUGAAUAUGUAACAAAAAUUGUUGGAUUUGCAAAAAUUGAGUCGAGUAAACUGCCCGCAUUGGUACAGCAUAUGCCAACCGUCGCGCGAAAUAUUCUGUCGGAUCUGGUGGAUCGAGAUUCAACUUGCUUGAACAAGGCAUUUAAUGUUAUUUAUCAGAUAUUGGACUUGACAGAAGAUAUUGAAGAUAACCUUACAAAUGGGGAUAAUGUGGAUGAACCAAAGAAAUCACCUUAUGAGUCUGUUUGGACUUCUAUGCGAUCCUGCUUUGACCAGCAAGUAAACGAAUACCCAUGGUUAGCAAAAAUUUUAUUUAAAGCAUACUCCAAUAUUGCUACUGCGGAUAUUCCGAAUUUAUUGCAAGAAUCUAAGAAUGGAGAGGAAGAGUUAUCGCAAGAGUGCAAAAACGUAUUGAUCCGGAUUGCGGAUAUCCGUGCGACUGUUGGCAAGACUUUGAGGAUCAUGGUGAAUGCAACUUGGGAAGUCAGAAAAAGUAUCUUAUCCGACCCUGAAAUGAUUAAACCCAUGUUGCAUUUAAUAUGCUCAUCCUAUCAUGAAAUCAAUGAAGAUUCCCGGAAAUUCAUUCAGCAAUAUCCUCGUGUGAUCCCUGAUCAAGACAUGUUUCAUGAUUUUUUCUAUCUAUGUCGCCCAUUACCAGUCUUGGAAGCUUUUAAUUCAAUUUUGCGUGAAUUUAUAGCCUUGAACAGCAGUCUUAAAUUGGACAUGUUUAAAUCUGUUCCGUCAUUGAUACAUUUGCUAUCGUUACAAGUUCACAUAUUAACCAGUGCACCCAGUGGAUAUUUGAUGACUCUAAUAGAAUUAGGACAAGGAAAAGCAAAGGAUGAAGACGGCAUGAUUGGUGAGUUUUGGGAUGUUUGUUGGCGUACUAUUAGUACGGUGCUUGAGAAGUCAUUGGAAUGGGCAAAAAGUUAUCGCCCUGCCGCGGUCGCUUCCAUCAUUGUUCCCAUUUUAGAUACCGCCACAGACAUGAUGACCUCCAGAAAUCUUUUUGAAAAAGCAAUCAGCGUUACCUCCAUGACCAAAGAUGGAAGCCUCAGUUAUGACAAUAUCAACACAAUGACAGAUUCACUAUCACACUGGAUAUAUGUUACUCGUCAGGACAUUAUAUCAAGACUUAUACCAUUGACAAUCAAAAUAUUAGACGUCUUGAAAGAAGCUGAAAUCAAAAUUUCCGUGGACUCUUAUGAUCGUCUAAUGACAGCCGCCACAGGUGUGAAUGCAAGUAAACUUACAAAAAGUGACAGGGAUCUGUUGUUUAUGGCAUUAAGUGCACAUGAACCCACCGAUUUCAUCUUUUUGAAAGACGAUAGUGAUGAUGAGGAUGUCGAGUGGCAAUCUGUUAAUACCAGUAAACAUAAUCCAACGGCUAUGGAUUCGGAACCUACGAUAGCUGAUUCUACAUUGCCAGCAUCGCCAGUACAAAGGCAUGCUGCAUCAACUAUGGUCACCAAGAGUUCCACGAAUUCCCCAAAGAUACCUGUCAAACCUCGUCAAACAACCUUGGAUCAAAGUUUUGCUAAUGCAACUAUAUCAGGACCCUCUCGUCCCAAUAAACCCGAAUAUAGAACACCCAAAAUAACAACCUAUUUCGCAGCGACAGCAACAGAGCCCCACGAGAUCUCGGAUGAUGAUAUAGAAGGCGAGUUUGGUGAGAUGGAUUACUCACAAGUACCUGAAGAAUGGUUUGAAGUGAAGACAGAGGCACCGCCGCCCACUGAUUUAACUCCCAAUAAUCAAUCCACGGAAAAGCAUAAGUAUUUUGGUGACUCCGAGCCCAUGGAUAUUGUUGAAGUACCAUCGACUGUAAAUAGAAUAAAUUUGGCAAGCCCAGCUACUCCCAACACCUCACUAAACACAGUGACACAACCUGUCAAAAAACAACUUGCACCCAAAGCCAAACCCGAUAUGACGCGAGUCUUUUUACCACAAUCGAAGCAACCCACAUUCGCCGUGACAUCUAAGGGUCGGAAGUUGAGACCUCCUUCUAUGGGAUUUUCUAAACUAAAAAAUUUAAGAGAAGAGUUUCGUGCCGAACGCCGUUUGAUUGCUACAGCAAAAUCUCCUUCGGCUGCUGGUGCAUCACGUCAACAACUCGGUAUAGAUUCUUCCGGGUCAAGUUCAGAUUCGUCGUCUGAUGAAGGAGGUGAUGAUUCUGGGUUAUUAGGUCUGAUAUAUGAUCUUGAUGAAUCAGAGACGUCACAUUAUAAAAACGCCAACAUUCAGGCUGAGAGUGCGAGCGUUAAAGCACUCUUUGAAACUAAACCGAAGCGUACCAUCAAAUUAUUGGAUACGCCAAUUGCGAACGGUUACAUUGACAAGAAGUUUAAAGCCCGUGCAAGAGAACAGCAUCGUCGACAAAAGAUUACCCCCAACAUUGACCGCAUGUUCAAAACUUUAUUGUCAUGGGAUAUCACGGAUAACCGCGAAAUCCCUCCCAACACAAACGAAUCCGUAUACAGCUAUGUCCCACAGACAUUUGCUUCAUUCGAUGAAUAUAGGACAGUCUUUGAACCUUUAUUGAUGUUGGAAACUUGGACACAGUUGUUACGUUCAAAAGAGCAACUAUCCCAAUCGGAUGUGAUGCCCAAUUGUCUUGUUGCAGGACGUUGUCACACGAACGAUUUUGUGGAUAUCACAUUCUCAAUGCCCAUGAGUGUUAUCAAUAACAACUUGACUCAAGACGACCUUGUUUGCGUUGCCAAUCACUUUGGACCUAGCUUUUUUAGCUCGGAUCGAACUGCUUGGAAAGGACGAGCUUUUUUGGGUAAAAUUAUGUCUAUUAACCAGAAAAAAAAUAUGGGUGAGGUUGUUGUUCGUUGUUUUUUUGCUUCAGAUCGUAUCAGUCUUUUGAAUUCAAUUUCACCCAAGACUCAAUGGCAUAUACUCCGUAUUAUGAGUUUGACUACCACCAUGCGUGAAUAUGCAGCUUUGGAAGGUCUCGAGUUCUAUGAUUUAGGUAAAGAUAUCAUCCAGCCUAACUUGAAUCCCGCACCUAAGCCAACACAUGCUCAAAUCGAACAAUACCGUGAAAGAUAUGAUGUCAAUGAACCUCAAGCAGAAGCGAUCGUUUGUGCCAUCCAAAAGAAGAAAGGUUUCUCUCUUAUUCAGGGUCCUCCAGGUACCGGUAAAACCAAGACAAUUCUAUCAUUGAUUGUUUCUUUACUUGAUCAACGCACCAAUGCCACGGCGGAACUGCCAUAUGGCAUCGGAAAGAUUUUAGUGUGUGCCCCCAGUAACGCCGCUGUGGAUGAAAUCGCUAAACGUUUAAAAGAAGGUGUUCUUACUUCGCGUGGUAUAAGACAGCCUAAUAUUGUUCGUAUCGGUGUUGCGGAUUCUGUCAAUGCAAGUGUCAAGGAUCGUAUCUUGGACCGUUUAAUAGAAGAAGAGAUGGAUUUGUCGGGUGGGAAGAAUGGCGCACCUGGUGGUAAAUGGGGAGCCAAACUUGAUAGUUUGCAUCAAGAUAUUCGAAACAUCCAAAUCAGUCUCGAUGAUGUAGACCGUGAGAUUACGCAAUCGGGGAGUGAUAUGGUCCAAAUGUCCAUUUUACGUGAUAAGCGAAAGGCGCUUAGUCAAAAAUUGACGCGUUCCAAAAUUUUGUUAAAGGACACUUUCCAAGAUCAAAAAAAUCACGGCAAAGAAAUGGAGAUUUCGCGUGUGCGUGCUCGUCAAAAGGUGUUUGCGAAUGCUGAUGUUGUAUGUGCUACCUUGAGUGGUAGUGGUCAUGAUAUGCUGACAACCAUGGGCGUUUCUUUCGAGACUGUGAUUGUCGACGAAGCUGCUCAAUCGAUUGAGAUUAGUUCGUUGAUUCCAUUAAAAUUCGAUACCCAAAGAUGUAUCCUUGUUGGUGAUCCUAAUCAAUUGCCUCCUACUGUUAUCUCUACUUUGGCUGCCAAAUAUCAUUAUCAGCAAAGUCUUUUUAUGCGUCUGGAACAUACAAUCGCCCAAGAGGUCAAUUUAUUGAGUAUACAAUAUCGUAUGCAUCCUGAUAUUAGUCAGUUUCCCAGUAAAUUGUUUUACAAAUCUCGCUUAUUGGACGGACCUGACAUGGAGAAGAGCUCAUUGGCUGUCUGGCACAACUUACCCGAAUUCCCUCCGUAUAGAUUUUUCAACGUUUUAGAUGGUCAAGAAAAAAUGGGCCGUGGUAAAUCCAUAUAUAAUGUAGCUGAGGCAGAUGCUGCUGUUGCCCUAGUAGAUAUGCUUUGCACCAAAUUACCCACUGUCAAAUUUGCCUCUAAAAUCGGAAUCAUCACACCAUAUAAACAACAAGUCGGUCAAUUGAAAUCCAAAUUCCAAAAACGUUUUGGAAAUGACAUUGUUGAUGUUAUUGAUUUUAAUACCGUUGAUGGAUUCCAAGGUCAAGAGAAAGAAAUCAUCAUCUUCUCUUGCGUAAGAGCCGGUCAAGGUCGUGGGAUUGGUUUUUUGGCCGAUAUGCGUCGUAUGAAUGUUGGUCUCACCCGUGCAAAAUGUUCCUUAUUUGUACUAGGCAAUGCCCGUUCUUUGUAUAAUAGUGAUUACUGGGGCGACUUGGUAGACGAUGCUAGAAAACGAUCUUUAAUCACAGAUUGUGAAUACCCCUAUUUCCGCCACAAAAUCAGCGAACAAUCCAUACCACGAAACAUUUUUGAAAAACCUGCAGUAAUAAUCAAAAAGAAAACAAUACAAUACAAACGCGGGCCUGUCAAAAUAUCAGAACCAUACUCUAAUUCUAACUCGGAUUCUGAGAGUCCGCAGAUGAGAGCAAUGACAAAACGUAGCCAUUCAUCUGUCGAUCACGCAAAUAUUCGCAGCAGGAAGAUAAGUAACAACAGUAGUCGCGAUACAGAGAUGGAAGAGCCUCCUUCUGUGACGAUGGAACCGGUAAACGACAAAUCAAUUUCAUUUUUAGAAAAAGUAAGACGCAGUAAAGAGCAAAAGACCCAACCAGCUCAAGCACCUAGCGCACCUUCUACCCCUACCAGUAAAUUAUCGAUGGCUGCUUAUCGUGCGUCCCGAGGUUUACCGCCACUUCCAGCAUCACCCAUUUCACGACAAACGAUCACACCCCCCGUUUCCAGACAAAAUACUACGACGUUGUCAACCACCAUUAACCCACCUCCAAGACUAGCUAAUGGUUCAGGCCCAUCAAAUGCAUCCAGUAGCCUGUUUAUCAAUAAAAGAAAACCACCAGUAUCUCGACCAAAACCUGUGAGUGUAUGGCCAAAUGGUAUGGGAGCGAAAGAAAUGGCUGUGAUGGAGCAUUCUGCGGCAAAAGAGCGCUUGAAGCAAAUUCGAGAGGAAGAAAGACAAAGAGACCGACCUCCCCCACCACCAGCUCCGGUUCAAAGAAAUUUUGAUAGCAUUUUGGACGAUGCGCGGUACAAUGACCGUCGUGAGCAUAGCAAUGACCGUCGUUAUGACCGUAGUAAUGAACGGCAAGAGGGACGUAGCAGAGAAAGGUACGAGGGACGCAGCAAUGAUAGAUACCAAAACCGCAAUUAUAAUUCUUACGAUGACCAAAGACGUGAUUAUAGAAAACGUUAA